AAAACAAGAGUGACUGACGGCACAUCCUUUCCCCUCAUUCGCCCCGCCCCCCUCGCGCGCCCAUUGGUGCUUGGGUUGAAAUUUUCGCGCGCGAGAGGGAGGCGGUUAGGCGGGGGAGGAGAAAAGCGCGGGCUUUUCUUCUUCAUUCUCCUCAGGAUUAACCGCCUCUCCUUAUCUCCGUUUCUCCCGCCUUUUUGUCUCUCUCUCUCUCUCUUUUUCGCGCGCCCAACAUGCCUUGUUCUGAAGCGGACCUCGCCUCUUCCCCCAGCAAGAGGCCAAAGGUCUCCGGCAGCGAGGCGCCCGGCGAGAAACUCCGCUUCUCCAAGCUGUCGGAAAACGCGUCCGCUCCUUCCAAGGGCUCCUCCCGGGCUGCGGGCUAUGACCUGUACAGUGCAUAUGACAUUGAAAUCCCUGCUUCAGGGAAGGCUGUAGUGAAAACAGACAUUCAGAUUGCCCUUCCUUCUGGAUGUUAUGGUCGAGUGGCUCCUCGCUCUGGUUUAGCCGCAAACCACUUCAUAGAUGUUGGCGCUGGGGUUAUUGAUGAGGAUUACAGAGGAAAUGUUGGUGUUGUACUAUUUAACUUUGGAAAGGAACCUUUUAAAGUUAAAAGGGGGGAUAGGAUUGCCCAGCUGAUCUGUGAGCGCAUCUACUAUCCUGAGCUUGAAGAAGUCCAGGUUUUGGAUGAAACAGAACGUGGCUCAGGAGGUUUUGGAUCAACUGGCCAGAAAUAAGGAUAGCUGUUACUUGUAGUAAAUGAUUUCAUUUCCCUUGUUUUUGUAUAGAGCAUUUUUGUAUAAAUAAAACUUCUUUUGGUAGA